UAAAUUACAAGAAGAAGAAGACAUCAGAGGCGGAGCUGGUUAUUUGAAAGUGGCGGGCGAGAUCUUUCUUUUGAGAAACAGCGAUUCUGGGAUUUUUAUGACAGAAACGGUUAACGAAGUCUGUCUUUACAUGAAAGAGCGGUAUUUUGGGAGUGUGAUUAAGAUCGUCUUAUCUUAUUUAAGAUUUUUUCAAUUUUGUGUAAAAAGGAGCUUUUAUUGAGCUUUAACGUUACUCCUCGAACGCGACAACAACAGAUUGCAGCGUAGAAGUAUGACCAAGGAGGAUGAGAAAGUAAUUCCUGUAAGGGUUGUGCUGAGAUGCCGGCCUUUGGUUCCCAAAGAGAUCAAUGAAGGAUGUCAGUGCUGUCUCACGUUUGUGCCUGGGGAACCUCAGGUAAUCGUUGGCAAUGACAAGGCUUUCACCUAUGAUUAUGUCUUUGACCCCACAACAGAGCAGGAGGAAGUAUUCAACACUGCUGUGUCUCCAUUAUUGUCUGGGCUUAUUAGAGGUUAUAAUGCCACCGUUCUGGCCUAUGGGCAAACAGGGUCAGGGAAGACAUUCUCUAUGGGUGGCACAUACACAUCAGAACAAGAGAACGAGUCCACAGUUGGGGUCAUCCCACGAGUAAUACGAAGAAUCUUUCAGGAAAAGUCUAAAUGUGCAGACUGUGAAUUUUUGUUGGCUGUAUCUUACCUUGAGAUUUACAAUGAAGAGAUCCUGGACCUGCUGUGCACAUCAAAGGACAAACCGAUUAUCAGUAUCAGAGAGGAUCCAAAAGAUGGAAUUAAAAUUGUUGGGCUGACAGAAAAGGAAGUGUUUACUGCUCAUGAGAUGGUGGGUUGUCUUGAGUUGGGAAACUCUGCACGAACAGUGGGCUCAACAGCCAUGAACGCAGCCUCAUCUCGCUCACAUGCCAUCUUUACCAUAUCACUGGAGCAGCGACGCAAAGGAGACAAGAGUGAUGUCAUGGUCUCCAAAUUGCACUUGGUGGAUCUUGCUGGAUCUGAGAGACAAAAAAAAACGAAAGCAGAGGGAGAUCGACUCAAAGAGGGAAUCAGCAUUAACCGUGGACUGCUGUCUCUGGGGAAUGUGAUCAGUGCCCUUGGUGAUGAAAGCAAGAAGGGGACCUUUGUGCCAUACAGGGAUUCCAAACUGACACGCCUGUUACAGGACUCUCUCGGAGGAAACAGCCACACCUUGAUGAUUGCGUGUGUUAGUCCAGCAGACUCCAACAUUGAGGAGACCAUCAAUACGUUGCGCUAUGCUGACCGUGCCCGUAAAAUUAAGAAUAAGCCCAUUCUCAAUGUUGACCCACGUGCAGUAGAAAUGAAGCGACUUAAACAGCAGGUGCAAGAGCUUCAGGUGAUGCUCCUGCAUGCCCGUGGAGGUGUUGCACCUGUGCUGACAGGGUCUGAGCCAGCAGAGAAUGUGUCAAACAUCCUGGAGCAAAAUCGCUGUCUGCAAGAUGAAAACAGCAAGCUGAGCCGAGAGCUGAGUGAGGCUGUUGGACAGACGGCUCUUAUGUUUGAAAGGAUCAUCAUGAUGGAGCAGACAAAUGAGAAACUGCAAAGCAAACUAGAGGAGUUGAGACAGCAUGCAGCGUGUAAGGUGGACCUACAGAAGAUGGUGGAAACCCUGGAAGACCAGGAACUGAAGGAGAAUAUGGAGGUGAUCCAGAGCCUUCAACAGCUUAUUCUAGAACUACAGAAUGAGAGUGCGGGGAUUGCUGCCACCAUUGACGCGAUGACUUCAGGCAAUACUUCAGCUCUGGAGGUGCAUACAGGAUGUUCUGCGACUAGCCCGCCAGUGGAAAUCAGUGCUGAUCCUCAAUCCAAAGACUCUCCUGAAGCCUACACAGCCCAGCAUGCACUGCGACAGGCUCAGAUGUCAAAGGAACUGAUUGAGCUUAAUAAAGUUUUGGCGCUAAAAGAGGCUUUUGUCAAGAAGAUGUGUCAGAAUGAUAGUCAUUUGGAGCCCAUGCAAACAGAAUAUCAGGAGAAUAUUCAAAGUCUGCAGGCUUCGGUUGGCGCUCUGCAGAAAGAGAAGGAAGGUCUCAUCCAGGCCCUGCAGUCUGCUAAGAAGGACACCAAUCAAGCCAAACUGAGUGAACAACGCAGGAAGAGACUUCAGGAGCUGGAAGGACAAAUCACGGAGUUAAAGAAGAAACUUCAAGAUCAAUCUAAGCUGCUUAAGCUCAAAGAGUCGUCUGUGCGCAAUGUAGCUAAACUCAAUCAGGAGAUUCAGGCUAUGAAGUCCCAGCGGGUGCAGCUCAUGAGACAGAUGAAAGAAGACUCUGAGAAGUUUCGUUUGUGGAAGCAAAAGAAAGAUAAAGAAGUCCUGCAGCUCAAAGAGAAAGAUCGUAAACGACAGUAUGAGAUGCUAAAACUGGAGAGGGACUUCCAGAAACAGGCCAGUGUACUCCGCCGCAAGACAGAGGAGGCUGCUGCUGCUAACAAGCGUCUGAAAGAUGCUCUUCAGAAGAGGAGUGAAGUUGCAGAGAAACGCAAAGAAGUUCAGAACCGUGGAGCAGAGGGUGUUAGCAGUAGAAUCAAGAAUUGGUUGCUGAAUGAAGUAGAAGUGCUUGUGAGCACAGAAGAGGCCCGCCGACAUCUACAGGACCUGCUGGAGGACAGGAAAAUGCUAGCAGAGGAGAUUUCUCAGCUUCGCCAGCAGAUGGAGGCAGGAGAGAGACCUUUAGGCAAAGUCCGGCGUCGUACACUGACGAUUUCAGAGUUGGAAGGCCAGGGUGAGCUGGAGGCCUCUAUCAGCAAGCAAGUGGAGAGUCUAGAGACGGAGAUGGGGCUCAGGAGUGCUCAGAUAGCUGACCUGCAACAGAAGGUCCUGGAUGCGGAUAAUGAGGGACGGAAAAAGCAGCGCUGGGAUUCUAUCACAACCAUAGUAGAGGCCAAGAGCGCCCUGAAGAUUCUCAUGGCUGAGGUUGUAGCCUCCAAGGCUGCUAAUGCCAAGCUGGAGAGUGAGCUGAAGCAGGAAAAGACCAAUCUGCUGGAUAUGCAGAAGAUAUUGUGUGAUGAGCGCAAGCUCAUGUCUGCCAUGGAUAUGGAACAUCAGAGUCAACUGGUAGAAAUGGAACAGAGACACCAGGAGAAGGUGCUGUAUCUCCUUGGUCAGCUCCAGAGUAAGCCUGUGGCACAGGAGAAACUGAAGGAGCAGCAGGAGGAGGUGUCUAAACGGGAGCACGAGCUAAUGCAGCGUCUAAAGUUUCAGGAAGAGGAAAUUGAAAAACUGCGAGAACUCAAUGAUCAGAACCAGAAACUCAAGGAUGAAAAUGAACAGUACAAACAGAAAUUACUUCUGGCCCAGCUGACGAGUGCAAAGAAAGUCCUCUCUUCUGUGAAUGAGUCACCUGAUACAUCUUUUGAAUAUGUUCCACCUAAGCCCAAAGCCAAAAUCUACUCCACUGCGCGGGCACGUCUGCAAGAGCCUAUAGAUCUUGAUGAACUCAUCUCUCCGUCAGAGUCUGAGAAAGAAGAGGACGAGUGGCGUCCAGAGAAAAACGACAGAGCACGACGAGGUUCUAAGAAGUCAAAAAUGAACGGCUGUGCGUGUCGGGGCCGCUGUGUUAACAAGCUUUGUCGCUGCCGCAAAGGAAAAAUUACCUGUGGGGAAAACUGUGUCUGUGACCAUGAGAAAUGUCGCAACACGGAGAACCGUAGCAAUGUGGAUCAGACUGAAAUAAGUGAUGUGUCUAAGGACUCUGCUGCAAUUCCUGAGGACCCUACAGCAGUCAGCCCACGAGAUGCUACUUUUUUCAGACCACCUAGUGUUCCACCUACUAAGAAGGAGAUUGGAGACAUGGGGCACCUGCCUGCAGAUCUGAAGCUUGAAAAGAAACCAGUCCCUGCUGACAACGAGAGUGACAGUGAUGACUCUGAAGGGAUGAACAGCACUUCCAGUUUUCUCCGGGGUAAAAAGAGAGGUCUAAAUAACUUCAAAAACAGCUUUUUCUCUGGUUGUACACCCAUCCGUGAAGAACAUUAGCAUUACAAUAGUAAAAUGUGCUAACUUGUCUUGUUGUUUUUUGUCUUUUUCAUGUGGUUUAAAUGUAUACAUUUGUUUAAAUUAGUAAUUGUAAUCUAGGUUUGUGGAAUCUGCCAUUCAUUUGUAAUAAUUAUUAAUGCACUAACAAUAUGAACUACUCAUGUCAUCUGUUAUUUUAUAGUAUUUUAAGCAAUUUGUCUAUGACAUUUGAAAGUCUGGGUUGCAGAUGUUAUUUCUAUUAAAAAUCUAGUGACUUCAA